GCAACGCCCACGACGACCACGAUGUCUAGGCCGACCGUUACUAUCAUCUCCGCCAAGGGCGAGGCGACCGCGGACACUGCUCCCGUCCCCAAUGUCUUCAAGGCCCCCAUCCGCCCGGACAUUGUCCACACUGUCCACACUGGCAUGAACAAGAACCGCCGCCAGCCAUACGCUGUCUCCGAGAAGGCGGGUCAUCAGACCUCUGCUGAGUCGUGGGGUACCGGUCGUGCCGUCGCCCGUAUUCCUCGUGUCUCUGGUGGAGGAACACACCGCGCCGGUCAGGCUGCGUUCGGUAACAUGUGCCGCUCCGGUCGCAUGUUCGCCCCUACCAAGGUCUGGCGCAAGUGGCACCAGAAGAUCAACCUAAACCAGAAGCGUUUCGCGACCGCCUCCGCUGUCGCUGCCUCUGGAAGCGCUGCUCUUCUCCUUGCCCGCGGCCACGCCAUCAGCACUGUCCCCGAGGUUCCUCUCGUCGUUUCCUCGACCGCUUUCGCUGAUGCUGCCAUCAAGAAGACCUCGGCUGCCGUUGCUCUUCUGAAGGCUGUCGGUGCCGGUGCCGACGUCGAGAAGGUCAAGAACUCGCGCAAGCUCCGCGCUGGUAAGGGUAAGCUGCGUGGCCGCCGCCACAAGCAGCGUCGUGGCCCUCUCGUCAUCUACAACCCCGACGAGGAUGGCAAGGAGCUCGUCCUUGCUUUCCGCAACAUUCCCGGUGUCGAGACCUCGUCCGUCUACUCGCUCAACCUCCUCCAGCUCGCCCCUGGUGGCCACCUCGGUCGCUUCAUCGUUUGGACCUCAUCUGCUUUCAGCGCUCUUGAUCAAAUCUACGGCUCCACCACCGAGCCCUCUGCGCUGAAGAAGGACUUCCUCCUCCCCUCCACCAUCAUGAAGCAGCCCGACCUCAGCAAGAUCAUUAACUCGAGCGAUAUCCAGAAGGUCCUCCGCCCCACUCGUGGCGGUGCCGUGUCCAAGCGCGGUGUUGUGCAGAAGAAGAACCCGCUCAAGAACAUGCAAGUGCAGCUCCGUCUCAACCCAUACGCGGCGGCGUUCUCCAAGAACAAGCUGGGCCAGCAGAAGGUUGAGGGCAGCAAGGAGGUUACGGGCCCGGCUUUCACCGCGCUUCUCCACGAGAACUAGAUGUUUGUUUGGCAAAGUGUUUCUUAGGUCUUUCGAAUCAUGACAUGGAUGCUGGGUGCUGGAUGGCUCUUAUGACGUAGCUGUCUGAAAAAAUACCCACUAUGAAGUGCUUCACUUCUUCAAUCA